GAUACAAUUGUGAUUCCUAUUCCCAUCACUAAUCCUGCAGAUGAAAUUCUCCAGCUGAGUGUGGUGCUGGAGAAUGAGUCACUUAGUGGACAAAAGUCUUUCACUCUUCAGCCCAAGCAAACAUUUUUGUACCAACUAAAAUUUUCACCAGCUGUUGUUGGCACUUCAGACGGAAGUGUCAUAUUCCUGUCAGAUAUGAUUGGAGAGUUUUGGUAUGCACUGAAGUUGAUUGUAGAGAAACCAUCGCCAACUAGUCUACCUGAAAUAGAAUGUGAGCUUGGAAAAUGGGCUCGUCUAUACAUACCUCUCUGUAAUCCUACACGUGAAACUCUGGAGCUAGAAAUUGUUAACAGCAAUCCUAGCAACUUUUCAAUUGAGACUGAUCCAAAAGAGCCUCUGAUUGUUGCUCCGCAUUCCACCACCAAAAUCCCUGUGCAAUUCUGUCCAUUUACCCUGGGAAGAGGCAAUCACCAGGCAUCGAUAACCUUCAAAUGUUCACAGCUUAAAGAGUGGAUAUUUUACCUUUCGGGGACUGGUCUUCCUCCUCAGCUGAUGGAACCAACCAGCAUAAGUGCAUGCAUUGGCCAGUAUUCUUUUGCCAUGAUAUCCUUCAAAAAUCCAACUCUUGAAAAUGUGGUGGUAGACAUCGUGCUGACAGAUCAGGAGCAGUCUAGUUGUCAUUUCAAUGCAUCAGUCCUAUCCAAGUCCACCAGUGAGGAAUCUGUUUUCCGUCUUCUGCUUAAACAGCCACGAGGAAUACGAUUAGCUCCAAAAGAAAAUUUGAACAUCCCAGUGUCAUUCAUGCCAGACCUAAUGAAAAAGUAUGAGGCUGCGGUGGUAAUUCAUGUAAUGCGGGAAAAUGGUGAAAACUGGCCUUUUGAGGAUUCUGCUCAAUUAAAUGAAGACUUAAAGAGUGUUACUGUAGCAGAGAAUGGGGGAAUUCAGGGAAUACUCUGGAUCUAUCCAGUUUAUGGAAUACCUGAAGCACGUCUGCAGAAAUUAUUUCCAGCUGUGGUAUGCUGUCAAGCCAGGCAGAGGGUGGAAAGCAGAGUAGAAGUGCCGUUGACGGGUGUAGUUGCUGGUGCAACUGCUAUGGCUGCUACAAGGAAUUCUGCCGUGGUCAACUCAAAUGAGCCAGCCGACAUCCAAGAAGUUCAAGUCACUGAUGGUUUCUCUACAACAAUGGAAUUUCUGUAUGAAUUGCAGUAUCAAUCAAAUGAAAUUAAAUCUCAGCUUGAAUCUUUUGUUGGUAUACAUCUGGUUGAAAGAGAAUGGGAUGGAGAAUCCAGAGUCGUAACACUGAUCUUUAACGUAGUGUUUGCACCUAACAAACCAAUGAGGAAUGAAGCAACUCUUGUAGUACAAUGCAGUACGGGAGGUGUUUGGAAGUUUCCGAUGCUGUUCAUUGCUACGGAGCCAGAAGUGGAUGAUGUCAUCAACAUUGAAGCAGUUGGCCUGAAUAAGGAAUCUAUAGUUGGCUUUAAGCUUACAAGCCAGACAAGGUACCCAGAGCCAUUCACUGCGCGAUUCCUGGAGGGCAGCGACCAUGAGUUCCUGGUGCUGCCGCAAGCUGGAGAACUUCUUCCAGCUGGCACUGUGGGAACCCCUAUAACGGUGGGAUUCAAGCCAAGUAUGUACGGCAAGAAGCAUACAGCGAUACUUGUAAUUCAGACACCAUCGAUGCAGUGGACUUAUAAAAUCAACGGACUGCCUCCACAGACUGUACCUCCUACAAGGCCAGCAAAAGUUGUUUCUACCAGCAGUUACAUAAGACCAGCCACAGUUCAACAGCGCAAUUUUAUACGUGAAAAUCUGAAACUUAUAACCACAGCAGCAUCCUCACCAAUCAAAGGGGCACCUUUGGUCCUGAGGAGAAAAUUCAGAAAGUUAUGA